CAAAACAUCGAUCACGGGCGCCAUACGACAAACCCACCACCAAAUUCUUCAACAACCAACACCGAAAAUUGCACGCGCUUGUUGCGCUAUGGGUUUACUCAUCCUACCAAACACCCAUCAUCUACUUUCAUCUCCUCAGGGAGCCCCGUUUUGAGUCGCCACCUUUACACAAUCGUCCGACCGAUCGCACAGGCCGAUAAGCCAUAUUCGCGACCAUGGUCAAAACAAUCCAGCUGGGAAGCCGGCUGCGGUACCCCAUCACCAUCACCAAGCUCUACAAGGAACCCAACCAGCCCAUCAAGAAAAAGGAAGCGCUCUUCCAGUACUCGUUCAAAUGGAAGCGCACCGUCGGCGACAACAUCCGCGGAGAGACAUGGGAAGCCGAAGAAACCACCUACGCCGACUGGAGUUCGCCCUCAGACGGCGAGCUCAAGUCAUGGAAGAUCCGCGUCGGCCAAGAAAUCUCCCGAGAUCAAGACUGCAUGGUCGUCAAGGAGUCGUGCUCCCAUGAUGUCCAGUUUGGCGGCCUCUGCGCCAUCUGUGGCAAGGACAUGACCGAGGUCAACUGGGCCGCCGAGUCCCGCGACAUGGACCGCGCCCCCAUCAACAUGGUGCACGACCAGACACACCUCACCGUUAGCGAGACGCAGGCCCAAAAGACCGAGAACGCCCUCCAGCGCCGUCUGCUCCAGCACCGCAAGCUCAGCUUGGUCGUCGAUCUGGACCAGACCAUCAUCCACGCUUGCAUCGACCCGACCGUUGGCGAGUGGCAGAAGGACCCGUCCAAUCCCAACUACCCAUCCGUCCGCAACGUCAAGUCCUUCCAGCUGGACGAUGGCCCCCGCGGCGUCGCCAACAACUGCUGGUACUACAUCAAAAUGCGGCCAGGCCUCGAGGACUUUCUCAAAAAGAUCUCAACCAUGUACGAGCUACACGUCUACACCAUGGGCACUCGCGCCUACGCCCAGAAUGUGGCGCGCAUCGUCGAUCCCGACAAGAAGCUGUUUGGCAAUCGGGUCAUCAGCCGCGACGAGAACGGCAACAUGUACGCCAAAAGCUUACAGCGGUUGUUCCCCGUCAGCACCAAGAUGGUGGUGAUCAUUGAUGAUCGAGCGGACGUGUGGCCGCGCAACAGGCCCAAUCUGAUCAAGGUCUCGCCAUAUGACUUCUUCAAGGGAAUUGGUGAUAUCAACUCUGGGUUUCUGCCGAAGCAACAGGGUCUGCUUACUCCGAGUGCGGCGGCGACCACGAAUGGUGGUUUGGCGCGCAUUGCACCGGCGCCAUCUCCCGACAAGGAGGACAGCACCACGAUGGAGCCGCCGCUGGAGAAAGCCCUCGAAGAGCAGGAAAAGACGCUAGAAAAACAGAUCAAAGACAGGCCUUUGCAAGCGCUGCAAGAGCAGCAAGACAAACAAGAUGAAGCAGCCGAGAGGGCAUCCGCCACCCCAGAAAACGGCAACACCGAGUCCACCACUCCUCCACCCCCUCAUCACCGGCACCAGGUUUUGCAAGACGACGACCGGGAACUCGCCUUUCUCGAAAACCACCUCACAGCCCUUCACAAAUCCUUUUUCCAAGCUUACGAGCAGAACCGCCUUUCCCAACCCUCCUCCUCUCCAUCCUCGCUCGACACUCAAUCCAUCCCAGACGUAGGCUCCAUCCUCACCACGCUUAAAGCUCAAGCGCUCAGCGGAUGUAAAAUCGUCCUCUCCGGGAUUGUUCCGAUAGGGAUGGACGUCUACCGCUCCGAGAUCGGGUUGCAAGUUGCCAGCUUUGGAGCCGAAUUGCGCAGCUCCGUGACGCGAGACGUGACGCACUUGGUAGUCAGCUCCCAGAGGCCACGGACGAAGAAGGUCAGACAAGCAAUACGCUACCUCCCCAAAAUCAAGAUCGUCAACCAGGACUGGCUGGCAGCGUGUUUCUCAGAAUGGAGGGUGGUGGAGGAGGGGCCUUAUCUCAUCGAAGGACUGGAGGAUGCGCAAAAGAAGUUGAACGAAAAGGUUCAGGAUGCCGAGGCGACAGAGACGGUGAGCGAUGCUGAUGAUACAGACAGCGGAAAUGCGCCGCCGGGGAAAAAGAGGAUCCUGAGAUUAAAGUCGCCACCGAGAGUCCGGUUCGCCACCGCCGCUAGCACUGGGAACGACGAGGACGAGGAUGAGGACGAGGAGGACUCGGAUUCGGGUGGAGAUGAUGAAGACGAGGAUGAGGAUAUGGAUGAGGAGCUCGAGGCGUUCAAGCCAACGGAUGCUGAUGGACAAUUAAGCCCUAUUGAUGGGCUAAAGACGUUCAAUUGGGGUAGCGCGGAUGAAGAGUUGGCAGAAUUUCUUGAAUCUGGUUCGGACGACGAGGAGGAAGAGGAAGAUGAAGAUGAUGAAGAUGGCGACAACGCAAAUGGCGACGAAGAAGAGGAGGCACCCGCCCAGGCGACAACAAACAUAACUACAACAAGCUCGUCCUACGAAAAAAUACCGGCCGCCCAAGGCACUGCGCCCUCAACAAAACGCAAAGCAGACGACGAGGAAGAAGAAGAAAGUCACAAACGCCGGAAAUCCCUCCUUGGUCCCGGUCCCUCCUCGCUUAGAAACGAGCUAAAGGAUGAGGACGUUGAGGCUACAACUGCGGAGGUGGAAGCCCAGGCUGCCCACGAUGAUCAGGAUGUUCAAGAUGCAGAUGACCUGGACAAGGAAUUUGAGGAGCUGGAUGAGGAGGCUUUGGAGGCGGAUUUCCUGGCGAUGGAUGAUGGCGAUGGGGACGAGGCACAAGGGCAACAAGUGGACGGGGAUGGAACGGGGAAUGGAGGUGUUAGUGAGAAUGGCUAGGAGCACAUCUGAAAUUGGGACGAGAAUUGAUAAA